UUUGAGACUGCGGAGGGCAUUUAGACAAUCGGCAUGUUAGUCUUUCAUCAAUUGUCAAUCUUUGCGGAUUCAUUCAACUCCAGGGCUAAAUAGUGAGCUAUGAAGCGGUGUGUGGGUAUCCUGGUUGUUAUUUGCUUGGUGGCAAUCGCACGUGGGGAAAUUGUCAACUUUGCCAAAUGCAACGAAAGUGUAAAGUGCACGAUUCAUGAAGUCCGUGUAAAUCCAUGCCCGGAAGCUGCACAUAACAAGCCGUGCCUUUUGCUGAAGGGUACUAACGCAACGAUUACGUACGACUACACUCCGGACUUCAGUGCCAAAAAGGCAACCGCGAAAGCUUUCUGGACGCAGACUGCAAUGGAUUUGCCUUUUGCCGGAAUGGACUCAGAGGGCUGCAAGUACACUAGCUGUCCAAUUGUUGAGGCCCAGCGACAGACUUACUCGUACAAUUUGCCGAUUCAUAAAAAAUAUCCAAGUCGCGCAUUUGACGUUAAAUGGGAGCUGAUAAACGAGGAUCAGGAAAUGUGCUGCUUUAUUAUUCAAAUUGCGAUCAAGGCCAAGAGGGAUCGAAACUAGUGAUUUACGAAGCGUUGUGCACUUACUUGUGUUUGUAAAUGUAAUGUGAGUUAAUAUAGCUAACGGUUAUUAUAAUGCACGGUGAUUCAAAAUGGAA